AUGUCCCUGCCUCAGCAGGCGAGGCGGCGUGGGCACUGGGUCGUCCCACCUGGGAAACCAGGUCUCAAGAGGCCUCGGGACUCGUGCCUCCAGGCAGUGGGGGCAGUGACAAGACUAGAGGAGAACUGCUGCUUCACAGCCCCUCACAGAGACUGCUUCACAGCCCCUCACAGAGACUGCUUCACGGACCCUCACAGAGACUGCUUCACAGACCCUCACAGAGACUGCUUCACAGCCCCUCACAGAGACUGCUUCACAGCCCCUCACAGAGACUGCUUCACGGACCCUCACAGAGACUGCUUCACAGCCCCUCACAGAGACUGCUUCACAGCCCCUCACAGAGACUGCUUCACAGACCCUCACAGAGACUGCUUCAAGGCCCCUCACAGAGACUGCUUCACAGAGACUGCUUCACAGACCCUCACAGAGACCGCUUCACAGCCCAUCUCUGGGUCUAAGCCAGGAAGCGGCUGCGGGGGAAAGGAGGAAGUGGGCUGA